AAAGACCCAUGGGCAUCGCCUGCCGCAAAUGGCAUUCAGAAUCUUCAGUCAUCUGUUUUGGAAGAUAAUAACUGGAGUUCAUACAACUCCAACGACAUCCUUGCCAGUAACUUCUCUGCAAUGACUAUUGAUCGUCGCCAAGAGAAUGGCAGUGAGCUGUAUCAUGAACAAUCUGCGGCUCCAUCAGACCCGCUAGCAAAUCCAGAGUCUUUAGACACCGAAAACCAGGAAGAAGUGGAUUUGAAAGAAACCUCCGUUUGGUCGGAAGAGCUGGUUGCUUCUUUCAAUCCCUUGGGAUACCAUAACACAGAAGAUAAAACCAUAAUUCGAGUCAAGGAAAUCCCCGAAAAAGAGGGUCUUGUUUUCAAACACAUCAAUUACCUCAUUAGCCAUAAUCUUCGUUUUCCUUCCGAGUUGUAUCAAAACGACAAGCCUGCCGGAUCAGAAACAAAAAUUAUCAGAAGAUACAGUGAUUUCGCCUGGCUUCUUGAAGUGCUGUGGCGCAAAUACCCUUACAGACUAAUCCCAGAGUUGCCACCCAAGAAGUUGUCAUCUUCCACUGAUUCUAUUUUUCUGCAGAAGCGAAGGCGCAGUUUACAGCGAUUCCUUUACCAGCUGAGCAAGCACCCGAUACUUUCUAAAGAGAAUUUGGUGAUCAUGUUCUUGACAGUCCCUAACGAUUUUUCAAAUUGGAAGAAAUUCGCAAAUAUUGAGCUUACUGACGAAUUCGAAUCAAUUAAGAUCAACAUUCCCAAGCGGUUCAAAUUGAACUUUGACCAGGUACUGAGAGGUCUGAACGACCAAGACCCUGAACUCGAGGAACAAACGCAAGUGCCCGAGCAAACAGUCAAUAAUGAUAGCAUAGUCAACAAUAUCACGCAGAUUUGGAACGAAAACCCUGUUGACCAUUCAAAACUUGACUUCAUGGAGAACUUGCAGACGGUCAACGUGAGCUUAAGCACUUUCGCGGACAUUUGGUCCAAAUUGUGCAUUCUGGUGGAACGUAUGGAGAAAAGAGAGUUGGCGUUGCACCAAGAUCACCAGCGCUUCUCAUACUACUUGGGACAAUUUACCUCAAACAGUGGAAAUCUUUAUGGUAUUGAGAACAUGGUGAUUUCUGAAGCACAGCCAGAAGAAAGCCAAAACAUGUCUAUCAUCAACACCAUCCUGAAGCAGGUCAUGAAAUAUUUCACCACAACAAAGCAACUCAAAGAUGAUGAGUUGACAAGCUUGAGUUCGGAUACACUCGAAAAUUUCCGGAAGCUACAAGAUUAUUUGGCCUCACUGCACUUCCUUAUUGAAAGGAUUGGCAAUUUCAAGAACGCAUCUGAAAAACAAAUUCACGUUCUUUUGAACCGCAUCAUGAAAACGAAUGAACGACUCUUCCAAAUAAAAAUCAAAUCGGACAUUAGAGGGUCUGAGGUGGACAAACUUGUCAAGCUCUUGACCGAAUCGGCGGAAGAACUGAACAAUCUUCUCUCUUACAUUAUUCUUGUAAAAUCCACAUUCCUGACCGAAUUCAGGCUGUUUCAAAAAACGAAAUACCUUACUGGUUCCUUGAAAAAGUCAAGUACGGGGAAUUACAGCAAGAUUCUUUACAAAGAGUGUUUAAUGAUCUUCAGGAUAUGCCAUUAA